AUGAAUGUUGAGUUUUAUAGGGUAAGGGGAUUUCUUUCAUUAGAGGACAGUUAUAUAAAUGCAAGAAUUUUAGAAAAAGUAGAUCAAAAAUGGUUAUAUUAUUCUGAAUUGGAAGAUUCUGAUUAUAAAAACAACCAAAAUAAUAAUAAUAAUAAUAAUAAUAAUAAUAAUAGUAAUAACAAUAAUAAUAAUAAUAAUAUUAAUAGCAAUAACAGCAAUAGUAAUAGUAAUAGUAGUAAUAAUAAUAAUAAUAAUAAUAAUAAUAAUAAUAAUAAUAAUAAUAAUAAUAAUAGUAAUAAUAUCAACAAAAACAACAAUAACAAUAAUAGCAAUAAUUAUAAAGGUAAGAAUUUUAUCCAAAGUCCAAAUGAAGUGGGUGGUAUUGGCCAAGGAAAUUUCAGGUCUGGUUAUAAUGAUGAUGGUAUUUCUAUUAGUGGCACUGGUUUUGGAUAUUUUUUACAAACUGAAAAUGUUACUGGAAACACUCAAGAAUUAGAUAUUUACUAUUCUAACAACAACAACAACAACAACAACAACAACAACAACAACAACAACAACAACAACAACAACAACAACAACAACAACAACAACAACAACAACAACAACAACAUUCAAAAAAUUAACACAAAUAAUAACACAAAUAAUAAUGGUAAUAAUAUUAAUGGGAAAAUAGUAAAUAAGAAUUUAUUAAAUUUUGAAGAAAAUAGAGGAUAUAAUAUAGUACAUACUGGAAUUUCUCAAUUAUUACCAAUGGAAUCAUCAACAUCCCCAAUUUACACAAAUGAGAUUGGUAAAAUUCAGUUAGGUUCAAUAUCAUGCCCUACAACUCCAAUUUAUUCAACAAAAGUAAAUUCAAACUUUAAUACUAUUUCAUCAAGCGAUAGUAUUAUUGAUAAAAUAAAAAAUGAUAAUAUAAGUGAUAGGAAAAAUAAAAAGAAUAAUUAUAUAAUCAUUAAUAAUAAAAAUGAUAAUGAAAAUAGUAAAAAUAAUAAUAAUAAUAAUAAUAAUAAUAAUAAUAAUAAUAAUAAUAAUAAUAAUAAUAAUAAUAAUACAAAUAAUAAUUUCAAUAAUAUAUUUAUUGAUCAAAAGAAAGUUAAAAAAUAA